CGGAGUUGUGUUUUACCCGGCCUGGAGAUCUGUCAUUUUCCGCUGAACUGUGAACUCUUUUGCUAUAAAGUUUGCUUCAUAAAACCUUGCAACCUAUAGACCGUUUGAAGUCGAAGACCUUAGUGGAUAAAUGAUCCCAGAUUUGCUUCCUUUGAAUGAAAUGAUCACUUUUUUGGGCUAAUAUGAGUCCACAGAAGCGCACCGUUGAUUCUGGAAGUUUGGAAGUCCGAUUCGUGGGCGAUGAAGAUGUGCUUGAACACAUUGUUGAGAAACAUGAAGGGUCAAAAGCUGGCCAGAGUUCUGUGCAGAGCCUGGUAAGCCUGAAGAGCUCCCAGAGUGCACUGGCAAGUUCUGCAGACGUGGAAGAGGAGGAAGAUGUGCUCUUCAGUGAGAAGGACUACGUAGAGGCACUUGGUGUAGAGGCUAGUGCACAGGCUGGAGAGGAGAACCGUUCAGCGCCUACCGGGGCCUCAGUGUUCACCUUCCAGGCUAUGAAACGUUCCAAAAAAAUGGCUCAGAUGGCAUCAGAGUGGGCCCGCACACCUGGGAAAAGUGUCAGCUUUAGUACUCUUGAUAGUCCAGAGGAGCUACCCAGCCCUGGCUGUGCAGUCAAGAAGUUGGCCGGUCAAAACAAAACUCCACAGAAGAAAGUACGGUUUGUUUCCACGACCCCCCAUAGACUGAGAAAGAGAAUUUCAGCUCCUAAUCUGAGGUCGGACAGCGACAGCGAUUUCUCUCCCUCAAACUCAGAGGAGGAAGAGGGUGAUGAGGAUGAUGUAGAAAAGAGGAAGUGUAGUGAAGCUCAGCCCAAGCCCCCCGGCACGAGCUCGGCAGCUGCUGCUGCUGUCUGUAAGACACCUACCAAGCGAAGCAAGACAGCACCUGAGCCCAACCUGGUGGAGGAAUAUUUUGAAGCGCACAGCAGCUCGAAGGUCCUCACAUCAGACAGGACGCUUCAAAAGCUCCAGACGCCCAAACUGGAUCGGGAAACCCUGUUCAGGUUGCUGGAUGGAAAGCCUUCCUGUUAUGGGGAGGAGAUCGAUCAUCUGAACAAGAAACAUGAGAAGAAUUUCAGCAAAUGGAUGCUGCAGUUACAAAUGGGGUUCAACAUCCUUCUCUAUGGCCUGGGCUCCAAGAAGCACUUGCUGGAGACAUUUCGUACCACUAUGCUGUCCAGCUGCAUGCACCUGGUGGUCAAUGGCUUUUUCCCCAGCAUCACCCUCAAAUCGAUCUUAAAUGCCAUCACUAGUGAAGUGCUGGAGCACGAUGGGAGUUUUCGUAGCCCUAUGGACCAAAUCGACUUCAUUGUGAAAACCCUAAAAAAUGACCCGGACAGCCACGUGUACCUGAUUGUCCACAACAUCGAUGGGCCCAUGUUGCGUGGUGAAAAUACCCAGCAGGCUCUGGGGCAGCUGGCAUCAAUUCCAAACAUGCACCUGCUCGCUUCCAUAGAUCACAUCAAUGCCCCUCUUGUGUGGGACCACUCGAAGAUGAGCGUGUUUAAUUGGCUGUGGUACGAGACGACCACGUUCAUACCGUACAUGGAGGAGACGUCGUAUGAGAACUCACUCCUGGUGCAGCAGACGGGGGCACUGGCACUCAGCUCCCUCACACAUGUCCUGCGCAGUCUCACACCAAAUGCCAGAGGAAUCUUCAGACUGUUGGCUGAGUUUCAGCUUGAGAACAAAGACAACCCUUCAUAUACAGGUCUGUCUUUCCAAGACUUUUAUCAGCGUAGUCGUGAAGCGUUCCUGGUGAACAGUGACAUCACACUGAGAACUCAGCUCACAGAGUUCAGAGAUCACAAGCUCAUCCGCACCAAGAAGGGAGCUGAUGGAGUGGAGUAUCUUACUAUCCCUGUGGAUGCAGGAACUCUGACAGACUUCCUGGAGAAAGAGGAUGUCGAGUGAGCGAGAGCAUCAAGACAAAAGGACUGGAAACGUUACCGCUCUGCUGUCACCGACUCCCUCACUCCACUGUUCACCGCAUGUAUUCAGAAAAUGCAGAACAGCCCAUGCUGGACUGCAUGUUGCCCCAUUUCGUCAGGCAGAGGUUCAGCAAGACGUGCUGCUAAAACGGGACCAAGGGAUUCAGGACACUUGCGCUGGAGAUGUGUAGCGUCCAGUGCGACGUUACCCCGUUCCACUACCAGAUAUUUGUGUU